GGAAGAGGAAGAAUUGGGAACAUGGAUUUCCUUUAACACUGAACAUCUUCCACUCCACCUUUAUACACCAAACCUCACUCUUCCUCCACCCUGCAUCCUCCUCGCAUUGCCAAUCUCGAUUUACAUGAGCGCGUCACAGCACUGAAGUCACUCCUCAUCCACUUUUCAAUCACAAGCGCAAACGCUACGACACAUUGCUCCGCCCAUCAUGGACAAGCUGAACGAGGCCUCCGCCGACAGCGUCAUGCAGAAACCGGCCAACGGUCAGGCCGCUAAUGACGGCACUGGUGUUGUCCAGCUCGAUCCAUGGCUCGAACCAUAUACCGCCGCCCUCAAAUCCCGAUUCGCCAAAGCACAGGACUGGAUCAAGAAGAUUGACAAGGCCGAAGGCGGUCUGGAGAAGUUCUCUCGCGGCUACGAAAAGUACGGCUUCACCGUCGCCGACGACCACACCAUCACCUACCGCGAAUGGGCACCCUUUGCGCUCCGAGCAUUUCUCAUUGGAGACUUCAACGGAUGGGACAGAGACAGUCAUGAGAUGCAAAGAGAUGCGUUCGGCGUGUGGGAGAUCAAAUUGCCCGCAGUCAAUGGCCAACCCGCCAUCCCACACGACAGCAAGAUCAAGAUCAGCAUGGUGGUGCCGAAUGACCACGCACGAGCAGAGAGGAUACCAGCGUGGAUCAAGCGUGUGACUCAGGACUUGAACGUCUCACCAGUCUACGAUGCCCGCUUCUGGAACCCACCGCAAGCAUACCAGUUCAAGAACGCACGUCCACCGAAGCCGCUCAGCGCGAGGGUGUACGAGGCACACGUGGGUAUCUCGAGCCCGGAUCCCAAGGUUGCUACCUACAAAGAGUUCACACAAAACACUCUGCCACGCAUUCGCGAUCUCGGAUACAACACCAUCCAGCUCAUGGCCAUCAUGGAGCACGCGUACUACGCUUCGUUUGGCUACCAGAUCAACUCCUUCUUCGCAGCUUCAUCGCGUUACGGUCACCCAGAUGACCUCAAAGAGUUGAUUGACACCGCUCACGGAAUGGGUAUUACCGUGCUCCUCGAUGUGGUGCAUUCCCACGCCAGCAAGAACGUGCUCGACGGUCUGAACAAGUUCGACGGCAGCGAUCACCUCUACUUCCAUGAGGGUGCCCGCGGACAGCACGAGCUUUGGGACAGCAGACUCUUCAACUACGGCCAUCAUGAGGUCCUCCGCUUCCUUCUCUCCAACUUGCGAUUUUGGAUGGACGAGUACCGCUUUGAUGGCUUCCGAUUCGAUGGUGUGACGAGCAUGCUCUACACUCACCACGGCAUUGGCACAGGUUUCAGCGGCGGCUACCACGAGUACUUCGGGCCAAACGUUGACGAGGACGGUGUCGUGUACCUCAUGCUUGCGAACGAGAUGCUGCACACGCUCUACCCGGAUUGUAUCACAAUUGCGGAAGACGUGAGCGGAAUGCCGGCAUUGUGCAUCAAGCUGAGUCUGGGCGGAAUAGGAUUCGACUACAGACUCGCCAUGGCAGUACCAGAUCUCUACAUCAAGUGGCUGAAGGAGAAGCAGGACAUCGACUGGGAUAUGGGCGCUCUGUGCUUCACUUUGACCAACCGCAGACAUGGCGAGAAGACCAUUGCUUACGCCGAGUCUCACGACCAAGCUCUCGUCGGCGACAAGACCCUCCUCUUCUGGCUCUGCGACGCACAAAUGUACACCAACAUGUCAAAGCUAUCUGAGUUCACACCUGUCAUCGAGCGUGGCAUGGCUCUCCACAAGAUGAUCCGCCUCAUCACACACGCUCUCGGCGGUGAAGCGUACCUCAACUUCGAGGGCAACGAGUUUGGACAUCCCGAAUGGCUCGACUUCCCUCGCGAAGGCAACAACAACAGCUUUCACUACGCUCGUCGCCAGUUCAAUCUCGUCGAGGACAACCUCCUGCGAUACCACUACCUCAACGACUUCGACAAGGCAAUGCAGUGGACCGAGAACAAGUACGGCUGGCUGCACUCUCCUCAAGCGUACAUCAGCUUGAAGAACGAGAGUGACAAGGUCAUCGUGUUUGAGCGCGCGGGUCUGUUAUGGAUCUUCAACUUCCACCCGUCGAGCUCGUUCACGGACUACCGUGUCGGUGUCGAGCACGCAGGCACAUAUCGCGUGGUGCUAAACACGGAUGACGAGAACUUCGGCGGCCUGGCGCGAAUCGCAAACGACACGAGGCACUUCACGACGGACUUUGAGUGGAACGGGCGGAAGAACUUUCUGCAAGUUUACUUGCCGACGAGGACAGCAAUGGUCCUGGCUCUGGAAGAGACUCUGGAUCCCAACUGGAAGUCGCACGUGUCCCUUGGUUUCUAG